UCAUUCGUCUAAAAUUUGUUCAACGUUUCCAGUUGUAACAUCGAAUUCACUUCGUCGUCAAAACGCUCGGAAUCACGCUUCUGCCACAAGUGAGCGGCCGUCAUCACCGUCGGAGCCAUCGGACGACGUCCUCCUCGCAGCUGCCAUGGAGGUGGAGUCUCAGUCGUCCCAGGCUCCCACUUCGUCUGACACCGGCGCUGCCGCCCACGUGCUCUUGGCCAGCGGUGAUGCGCUGCCACAGCUGUUGGCGCCAAAGCAGCAGGGCGUGCUCCCAAAGGGCUGGGCCGCCACUCUACCCGAGAGCGAGCACGCCUGGGUCGGCCGAGCGCUGUUCGAAAGAACGGCCGGUGGCAGAGCGGUCCUCACCACCAAGCUCAAGCUGUGGUGGGAGCCCCCGAGCCCGCCCGCGUAUUUUACGCAGCCCCCCGCUUCAAGUCGGCAGUUCUUCCACUCGAAAUUCUUCUUGUGGGCGCCGUACAAGAUGUGGGGGGUGAAACUGGCCUGCCCCAGUUCCAAAUGCCGCCACAACCGCCUGACCGGGGGGGGGGUGUACAGGACCAUUCGCCGGGUGCUGGAUGUCCGAGGCUGGUACUUCAUGGGCACCGAGUGCCUGGAGUGCCUGAAGUGCAAUCGGAAGUUCUCGGCCUGGGAAGAAAGCAUCCGGAAACAACUGCACAUAUCCAAGCAGUUGUUGUUCCCGGCGGUCCUGACGUACAAACUGGCUUGCGACAAAGCGGUCAUCUCGCUUCUGAGGACGCGCUCGCUGGGCAACAGUGCCACCCUGUUGCGCCAGGUGCUGACGGAGAUACACAGCGAGGAGUGGUUGUCCAGGUCCGCCAGCUACCUGUCCAUCCUCACCCAGCUGGGUGUCCCGGCCGGCGGGGUGUUGGACGACGUCCCGCCCAUGCGCCCGCUCCCCCUGGUGCCCUGGUUCCUCGCGGCCUACGUGGGGGACGUGCUCCCCCGCCUGGAGGACAACAAGGGCCGUCUCACCUCCGUCUUCGGUAGCAUCCUGAAGAUGGACUCCACCAAGAAGUUGACCAAGAAGCUGGCAGGGGAAUCCGCCGGAACAGCCGCCUGGGUGACCAACGUGGGCAAUGAGUACGGGCAGGUGCUCAUGUCCGUGCUCACGGCCGCGGAGGGAGAGGGCCUUUCGGCCAUGGCGGAAGGACUUGUCCGGCGGUACAAGGACGCGGGCAAGCCACCCCCGGAGGUGUUGUACGUCGACCGUGACUGUUGCUCCGUCACCGGAAAGAGCAAAAUCCAUGACACCUUUGGCCAGUGGGACCGGUUGGUGGUGCGCCUGGACGUGUGGCACCUCAUGCGUCGCAUCGCCAGGGGCGUCAACACGGACGCGCACCUCCUGUACGGGCCCUUCAUGGCCCGGCUCGCCUCGGCCAUCUUCGAGUGGGAUGAGCGAGACCUCGAACGGCUGAAGAGGGCCAAGCAGGCGGCGCAGGACGGCGGCCGCGUCGUCUUGAAGGCCAAGGAGCUGGAGCGACAUUGUCGCCGUCGCACCAGGGGGGCGGAGGAGACCGAGAGGUUGGUCCAGGAGGUCCUUGACCACUUUUGGGAGGCCAAGGACACGAUGGGCAACCCUCUCAUACACCAGGAGCGUAUGGCGGAAAUAUGGAGGACGCAGCGUCGCCACCUGCGCUGCAUCCAGGACCCGCCGGGUGUGGCCCUCUACACCAAAACCGGGGAGGCCACAAAAGGCGGGGUCACGCUCCCGGUGUUCCGCUGCGCGCGGGGGUCCACCUCCCUGGAGUCCUUCCACCUCCACCAGUGCCGAUUCAUUCCGGGCACAUCGGCCAACGCCCUCCACUUCCAGGUGUACCUGCUGGAGGGCUUGACCAGGUGGAAUGAGGACAGGGCCAGGGCGGCCGUGGUGGGCGGCGACAGAGAGGGGGUCCGCUGCUACAACGCGCGUGUGGUGGACGCCUACCAGGAGGUGGUGCGGUUGCGCCGGAUCCCCUCCCCCUUGCACAACUACACCGUGCCGGGGAAAUACACGGGGGAGCUCAUCGGAGUGGAGUACCUGCAAGCGCAGACCGGCGCCGUGCUCCAAUCCUGCCCGGGAGGAGACGCGGAAGAUGUGUCCGACUGGCAAGACCGGGUGACGGAGGAGCAGGCGGACGUGCAGGAGGACGAAGACGAAGAAGGGAUCGAAUUCCAUCGCGUGUUGGCCAUGUCGGCACUAACUGAGGGUUUCCCGGAAGAUGAGCCGUGGCAGCGGCGGCGGGAGGAGCAAGAGGAGGAGGAGGAUGUCGUGGGACCGGACGGCCGAGGGGGCUACCAGCACGUCUGCCGGCUGGCCGACGCGCUGGUGCAGCUGCGCCGCAACGCCUUCGUGAGACCGUCUCAGGUGGCACGAAUCAAAGCCUUGUGGGAGAAGCUGCCCGACCACGACAAGGCUCCUCCGCCGGCCCUUCCGCCGCGCCGCAAGCCGCUGGGCCCGGGCCGCCUCCAGAAGCGCGUGAAAUUUCGUCACCGUCUCUUUGUCGGGAAGGGGACUGAAGUGGCGCGUUCCCCGGGUGCCAGCAGGCUGGUGGAGGCCAUCUUCUCGGACCUGUCCCACGUUCACAGCCAGGGGCAUAGCCUCGCCGGUGUGCGCGUCAGUCGCUGGGGCCUGGUCAUGAGGGACUACGGUCGCAUCAGAGACCUAUGUCGGACCAGAGAGCUCCUGGCCGCGGCCCCCAUCCACCUGUUUGCGGUUAACCACCGGACCCUCACUCAGUGGCACAACCAGAGAAGCAAGCAGGGCAGCGCCCAAGCGAUGUGCGCAGCGAUCCCGGCGCCCAGCAGCAGAUCGACGGCUGCCGAAGCGCUGGAGGAGGCCAAGCCCCUGCUGGUUCGGCAGCCGCAGGGGGACGCGGCGUUUGAGCACCCACCAGAGACAGGCGGUACGGUGGUGACUCACAGGGGUCCCAUCCUGCCCGAUCUUUUCCGGGCGCUGCCCACGCCCAAAGAUGAGCGCGCCACCCCUUCGCCCUCCGCCAGUCCCGCAGCCUCCACUUCGGCGCCGGCCCCGACUCCGUCGGGCCUCGCGCUCGCCACCUCCUCCGGCUCGGCUCCGCCGUCCGGCAAGGGGGGCCUAAUCGCGUGGAAUGUCGCGCACCGGACGAGGCUGCCCAAGGUGGCUCAUUUCCAGUGCAAGCGCUGCGGCUACCCCAAAACCAAGGAGUUUGGCCACAGCCGGUACAGAAACGAGCACUUUUGCUCACAGGCGGAGGGUCGUUCGGUAGAGGAUUGGCUGGAAGAGAAGAGGAGCCAGGACCCGGCCAGAAAGAGUGGACCCGCACCCCCGCGCUUACCACGCGCUAAGCCCCAGCCUGCUCCUCCCCGACUGCGUCAUUUGCUUCCCGCACCCCCCGACGACAGCCCCCCUGCCCCGACGACGACCAAGGGAGAUGGUCCCCCGCCUGCCCCAGCCGAACGGCCAAGGGCAGCUGGGCCGACGACCGAGGGAGCUGGCCCCGGCCCCCCCCACGGCCAAGGGCAGCUGCCCCGACAACCGAGGGAGACGGUCCCCCACCUCCCCUCCAAUAGGAGAUUAGCACUUGACCAGCCCCUCCCUCCCCUCCAAUAG